GGUGGCCGAUAGGCUUCCGAGGUAGCACCGGAAGUACGGUGCUCGGAAGGGUCCGAUCCAGAAAGCCUCGCGUCGUCCUCGUCGUCGCCGGGCUUGGAGGAGUCGGGUAGGUAGGAGUCGGAGGGGCGGGGGACUUGAGUCUAUGUCCACGCCAGUGUCGUGACCGCCGGCGGGCCCCUUUUCUGUGCCCUCGUUGAUUCAGCUAAGAAGUGAGUCGUGGGCGAGCCGCUCCCAGCGUCCAGCCUGGAGAGCGAGGUUGUUCGGGCAGCGUCUGUGGGAGACGAGCGCCGGAGAGUAAAUACCCACGUCAGAAAUCUAGCCGAUGCCGCAGACCAAGCCGGCUUACCCGACGUUUUAUUAAAUCGUUCUUGGCUCGGACCAUCGCGCAGCUCCUGACUGGCUUCUGACUGUAGUGUGUUGAAAAACUGAGCAUCUGUGGUGUGUGAUGUGCUACGCGUAGGAUGUACAUAACAGUCCUGGGUUCUGAACUGGCCAUCCAAGAAACUCAGGAGGAGGAGCUGACAGUCUCUGCAUCCUUCACCCCCCUGGGAUAGGACCCAGCAUGUCUCAGGCCACCAAGAGGAAGCAUGUGGUGAAGGAGGUGCUGGGGGAGCACAUGGUGCCCUCUGACCAGCAGCAGAUCGUCAGGGUACUCAGGACCCCAGGGAACAAUCUGCAUGAGGUGGAGACAGCCCAGGGGCAGCGCUUCCUGGUGAGCAUGCCCUCCAAAUACCGUAAGAACAUCUGGAUCAAGAGAGGGGACUUCCUCAUUGUUGACCCUAUUGAAGAGGGAGAAAAAGUGAAGGCUGAGAUCUCCUUUGUGCUCUGCAAAGACCAUGUGCGCUCUCUGCAGAAGGAAGGGCUCUGGCCUGAAGCCUUCUCAGAAAUGGCCGAGAAACAGAACAACAAUAGGAACGGACAGACUCAGCCAGAACUCCCGGCGGAGCCACAGUCCUCAGGAGAAGAGUCCAGCUCUGAAGAUGAUUCUGACCUCUUUGUUAACACCAACCGCAGACAGUAUCACGAGAGUGAGGAGGAAAGCGAAGGAGAGGAGGCAGCCUGAGUCCCUGGACCCACUUCUCUUGCUCAGAGACUAGUUCUUGGCUCCUCGGAGUUUGGACAUUCUCAGGGUGCUCUGUAGCUCUUCCCCCCAGGAUGGGGGACAAGGCAGGGCCCCUCUCUGAACUGACCUUCUACUCAAGGAGAAUUAAACCCCUGGUGGGUGAUGACUUGUGCUGGUGUCUGAGUGGCUCUCUGGAGGGAGGAGGGACUUGUGGUGAAGUUAAAAACUGCUCCUUGGUGGGUCGCUCAGGUGCAGGUCAUAAAUGAGCAGGAAAUGGGAAUGGCUGGAACCUUUCCUAGAUUCUCUCUCUCAUUGGGCACUCACCAGGCCCUGUGCUGUGCCUUCUUGCAUGUAUUUAAUAAUAACUGGGAGCAGACCCUCCGUAUUGCCUGCUUGCAAUUAAUAUUGACUCAGGCAUUCAGGAACACGGCUCUAGGACCUAGUACCCCCUGCCUCUCAGAAACACUCAGGACAAAUUUCAUCAUGCCUCGUAAGCUGCUUUUCCUGGCUUUUUAGUCACCGUGACUGCAGGAGUGCCCACCUCCAUACUGUGUGUACACGCUCUGCUCGGUGGCCUCUUUGUGGCUCCUCAGACCUUUACUGCUCAGCUCUCCUACAGACCGCGUCAUCCCACUUCUUUGAAGCUUUUACCUCUGGUUAUAUACUCCCUCUUCAUUUUUGUCAUUGAUCUCCUAAUCACUGUUCAGACAGUGAACAGUUCACCUCCUGGUUUACAGUCUCCCACUUUUGCUUCUUCCGCCAUUUUCUCCAUCCCAUGGACGGGCCUGUUCAACACUGUGCCCCCUAGUUCCUUGUCUUCCGUUCCAGGCCUGCUGCCUACCUCGUUGGUCACUCCCUGCACCCCUGCCAUUGAUAGGAAUUGCAGCCCCUCUUGAAUUCAAAUAUCCGUACAAUCAUCACCUCCUGGCUUUCUUGCUUCCUUCCUCAACUAUCUGUUCUGUAUCUUCAUCCACAACACCCCCCCCCACAUCCUUCCCAUUAUUGUCCUAGCUUCACUUCCCUGCUUGUGCAACAUCGAUUCCAUCCAACCCCUCCACUCCCUUAUUUCCCUCCCCCGUGUGCAUCUAGUAAGACCUAACCCUGGCCAACCCAGCCGUUCGCUUCUGUGCCUGUGCUCAGGUAUCCGCUACAGAAAACAGCCAACCUAACUCGUACCUUAAAUUCAUAAUUACAGACCCUCAGGUGGGCACUCAGCACUGCCGAGCAGAUCUUUGGGAUGUCGUUUCAAAACUUGUAUGUUGUCUCCCAAUUCCCCUUUCCCUUUUAGGUGUUCACCACAUACUUCAUUAAGAAAUAAUAGCCAUUGGAGGGAACUGUCACCUCCUCACUACCAACCCUACAAAUGUGCUUAUGGGUUGUCCUGUCUUUAACUUCCCCACAUAAUCCAGUGGGACUUCAACCUUUUCUCUUGUGCUUUGGAGCUUGUCUGUCCUCUCGCUUAAGGAGUUUAUGUGAGUUUUGUUUUUUGCCAUCCUCUCUACUUGGAUAUGUUAGCAUCAGAGGUGCUGUGGAAUCUCCCAUCUAAAACACAAUCUGAGGGGCGCCUGGGUGGCACAGCAGUUGAGCGUCUGCCUUUGGCUCAGGGCGUGAUCCCGGCGAUCUGGGAUCGAGCCCCACAUCAGGCUCCUCCACUAUGCCUGCUUCUUCUCCCACUCCCCCUGCUUGUGCUCCCUCUCUCUCUCGCUGGCUGUCUCUGUCUCUUUCGAAUAAAUAAAUAAAAUCUUUAUAAAUAAAUAAAUAAAUAAAAUAAAACAAUCUGAGAGACCUGUCGCUGAUCACACGUCCUCUCCAGCUAGUGCUUCAUUUGUCUGCUCCUUGUUCACUUUCCCUUAUGUUAGCUUAGUAUAGCUUUAAAUAUAUACAUGUCUAUAUAUCUGUGUGUAUGUGUAUAUAUACAAAAAAUAAACUUCAGAUGAGUUAAGGAUA